AUGUCAUACGCCAUAUUGUACGCGGGGUUGUCGGCCAGAAUGGGACGAACAUUGCGCCUACGAGAUGAAGAUACAAAAAUGGCACAAGAUCGAGCUCUUGAGGCAAGCCCCACCGCUUCAGCCGACAUACAAAAACGAAAUCCCACGUCUGCCAACCCAAUGCACGGCAGGACAGGUUCUCAACGGGCGGACGUGGCUGCGGCUUCGGGAGCACCCCACCCCGCCUUUGCUUCCAAACGGCAUACGGGGACUGGCUGGCUGCGAAGGCAGAAGUUUGAAGGUAUUUUCUGGGGAUCCCCUUCGAAGGCGUUGUGCUACCCAUCCAAAAUGGCAGAGCGCGGCGGUUUCGGUCGUGGAUUUGGACGUGGCGGCUCUCGUGGCCGUGGCAGGGGACGCGGCAGGGGCAGAGGCCGUGGCACUGCUGAAGAUGAUCUCAAGGACUGGGUGCCGAUCACCAAGCUCGGACGUCUCGUGCGUGCGGGGAAAAUAGCUUCUAUUGAGGAAGUGUACCUGCAUUCUCUUCCUGUCAAGGAGUUUCAAAUCAUUGAUCACUUCUUCCUGCCGGAGGCAGCUUCUCGCCCCCUGAAGGACGAGGUGAUGAAAAUCAUGCCCGUCCAGAAGCAGACACGCGCUGGUCAGAGAACCCGUUUCAAGGCAUUUGUUGCCAUAGGCGAUAGUGAUGGGCAUUGCGGUCUUGGCGUGAAGUGUGCAAAAGAAGUUGCUAGCGCUAUUCGGGGUGCCAUUAUCGCUGCGAAGCUCAGUCUCAUUCCUGUCAGGCGCGGAUAUUGGGGGAACAAGAUCGGCGACCCGCAUACGGUGCCCAUGAAGGUGUCAGGAAAGUGUGGUUCUGUCCGCGUCCGGCUGAUUCCGGCCCCCCGUGGCACACAUAUUGUCGGUGCUCCUACGACAAAGAAAAUUCUCUCAUUCGCUGGCAUUAAGGAUUGCUUCUCGGCUUCUACUGGCUCAACGAAGACUAGGGGAAACUUUAUGAAGGCUCUGUUUGAUGCUCUGAGACAGACGUAUGGGUACUUGACCCCUGACCUGUGGAAACCGAGGCUGUACACGAAGUCGCCUUUCCAGGAGUGGUCUGAUUUCCUUUCUGGGACCAAGGAUCCCAUCGUAACUCGUGUAUGA